AUGCGCGAGUUCGAGCCCACCGACAUCACGCGCUACCCUACCUUCGAGGACUUCUUCACCCGCGCGCACAAAGCCGGCUCACGGCCCAUUUGCGACGCCGACGACCCUUCCCGAGCCGUCGUGGUGGCGGACUCGAGAGUCGUCGUCUUCAACUCGGUCAACGAGGCAAAGGCGCUCUGGAUCAAGGGCAAGAACUUUAGCCUCGCCAACCUCGUCAUGAACAAUGACGUGAGCGACGACUUUAAGCACGCGGCAAUUGCGAGCUUCCGCCUUUCGCCGCAAGACUACCACCGGUACCACUCGCCCGUCCAGGGCGAGGUGAAGACGUACCAGAGCCUGCCGGGCGACUACUACCAGGUCGACCCUGUAGCGUUGCAGAGCAAGGUGGACAUUCUGACGCGCAAUCGAAGGGACUACGUCGUCAUCGAAACAAGAGAGUUUGGAAAGGUCCUGUUUGCGGCUAUUGGCGCGACGGACGUGGGAAGCGUGCACAUUUACAACAAGUACCGCAGCGCCGGGACAAAGAUCAACAAGGGAGACGAGCUGGGCGUCUUUCAGUUUGGCGGCUCGUCGAUCAUCGUCGCCUUUCAAUAUAGGCGCAUCAAGUUCGACGACGAUCUUUUGCGCUUGAGUGAGCAGAAAAUUCAGACUUCCGUCGAGGUUGGAAUGAGUCUGGGAUGUGCUACGCAGGAUCUACAGGACCGAUCCUCGCCUUUUUGA